UCCUCACACUCUCCAAAUCCCCCCAUCUCACACACAACAAUUAUACAAAUGUAUAUAUAUAUGUGGCUAUCUCAGACAUGAAAGCCAUCAUCUCCAACAUCUUAGGAUUUCAUCUCCAUUCACAUGUGAUCAAUCCUUAAACAUUCAUCCCACCUUAAAACAAUGUCUGUGGCUAAUCUCAACGAGUUCCCACUUCACGAACUAUCCACAAACAUGAGCACCAUCCGAUUCUCUCUCCUCAUCAUCGGAUUAAUCAAAUUCUUUAUCGUGCAAAUCCUCCUCCACAGGAAAAGAAUCUCCCUCUUCUUCACCGCCGAAUCCCACGCCGCCGCCGCCGAUGAUGACUCAAACACGAACAUAAAAGUGGCCGAGAUCAAAUCCGAUGAUGAGAGCGUUUGCGAAGGAGAGCAGCUGGAGACGGUCAUGGCGAGGCUAGGCAUCUCCGGGCAAGGGAAGCUCCCCGCGAAGAUGGGCGGGGACGAGAUAUUCGAGAUGUUUGAGAAGAAGGAGCCGAGUUUGGGGGAAGUGAGGGAAGCAUUCGAUGUGUUUGAUCAGAACGGGGAUGGGUUUAUCGACGAGAUGGAGCUGCAGAGGGUUCUGUGUGGCUUGGGAUUCAAGGAAGGGGUGGAGAUUGAGAAUUGUAGGAGGAUGAUUGGGGCUGUUGAUGAAGCUGGAGAGGGGAGGAUUGGUUUUGAUCAGUUUGUCAAGUUCAUGGAAAAUAACUUUGCUUAGAUUUUUUAUUUUUUAUUUUUAGUUUUUGGCUGCAAGAGAAAUUGUUUAGAAGUUGGAGGAAUUAAUGCUUUAUUUAAUCUACUGAUUUUUUUAAUUAAA